UACUUUCUGUUUGACAUUUCUGGAAAGUCCUUACCUGACAAAGCUUGUUUCUCAGUAAUAAGAGGAAGUGAUUGGUUGUCGCGAUAAACAAUGAAGAAACAACGAGAAAAUGAAUACGUUGGUUGGUGGAAUGCGAGCAUCAUAAUACUAUUAUGCCUAUUGGUGUUGUAAUUGAACUGAGACUACAAUAACAAGUCUCAGGUUUGAAGUACCCAAAUUAUAGAAUUUAAAUAUUUUUGAAAAGGGACUAAAAUCGACACAAUGGAUUCAAAUGGGAAAGACAAUAUUGAUGAAGAUAUUCCUACUAACAGAAUAAAAGUAUCCAAUCUACCAAGCAAUGUCACAGAAGAUGAAAUUCAGCAUUUCUUUGAAAACCGUAAAGUGUCUGGAGGUCGUGAUGUGGAAUUUGUUGACUAUGAGAAGGAAUCGAACACUGCAUUUGUUAUAUUUAAGGAAGUAGAAGCUGUAGAAGCAGUUAUAUCCAAAACGCCUUUGUUAUUUGAUGACAAGACAACAAUAAAAAUAGAAAAGAUAUAUCUUGAGGAUGAGCCAGAUGUUGAGGAAUACAACAGAUGCACUAUUGAAGUGACAGGAAUGAGCCAGUCCUCUACUAAAAAUGGUGUCAAGUUAUAUUUUGAGUCUAAAAAAGGUGGUAAUGCAGAUGUAUUGAGUUUAGACUAUGUUGAAGAAGAGGAAAUGUAUCUUAUUAGAUUUGAAAGUGAAGGAGUGGUUGAUGAAUGUCUGACGAAGACUCACAGAUUUGAUAAGACUGAUUUAUAUGUUAGAAAACAUAUCCCUCUUCAACCAGAUGCUACCUAUCCAAAACAAGCUUUUAUUUCUGGCUUCAAUAUGAAAACUUCAGAGGAAGCUUUAAGAAACUACCUUGAGGCCAGAUCUAAAACUGAUGUUAACAAGUUUAUAUUUGGAGAUAUUGAAGGCACAGCUAUUGUUGAAUUCAAAACACAACCAGACAUAGAAAAGCUUACUAGUGAAUGCAAGAAGAGACAACUUAAUGGAUGUUUUCUGAAAGUCGAGUCUGUACCUGUAUCAAAGUCAAUUGUUGUAUCAAAGAUUAAACCAGGGACGACUAAGGAUGCUGUAAUGUUCUACUUCGACAACGAGAGAAGGUCAGGUGUCACAGGAGUAGAGGAAGUUGACCUUGACAAUACAAAUAAUACCUGUAUAGUUGAUUUUGUGGAUUGUGAAGCCCCUGUAACAGCCUGUAAAAAAGAACACAAAAUAGAAGGAAGUGUUGUCAAAGUUGAUAUAUACCAUAAAUGUCUUGGUGGCACUGCAAGUGGUGAUGGACCAAAAUUUAAAUCACUGGAUCCACUGAGUGUAGACCUUGGUGUCAAAAUAGUCCAGUUCCUUUCUAAUUCUGAAACAGCAAAAGAGGAGGUGAACAAAGUUCUAAAACCAUACUAUGCAUGCAUUCGGAAGUGGCCUGCAGAUAAAAGUCCUACAAUAAUUAUUGAAUGUACUCUUACUGCAGAUACAAAAGACUGCAAGAAACUUGUCAAAACUUGGGAAGAUGAUGUUGGAAAGUGCUUAAAAACAUUUGUGGCUUCUCUACAUGUAGAAAAAUGUGAAAUGUUGCAGGAUGCAUGGACACCAGUGAUUGAUAGACUAAGGAGUGUUAGUAUAGACAAACCUGAUUUAGUGGCUCUGAGUGUUGAGAAAAAGGAAUUUGAAAUUUAUAUAAUGGGAUACAAAAAGCAAGUGACUGAGCUUUCAAAGCAAGUCAAAUCAAUCAUAGCUGAGGUCUCCGCUGAUAUAGAGAAAAAGAAACAGCAAGUCAAAGAAAAGGCGUCUUUGAAAUAUCAUCAAAUUGCCAUUUUGGUUUUACGUGAUUUUCCUACCAAGAUGAUGAAAUCCUGUAAAGAACUAAAGGUAGAAGUAGAUUGGGAUAGACUUGUUGUCACAUUUGAAGGUUUAGGAAAAGAUGUCAUGGCAGCCAAGCUAAAGAUGUUUGAAGAAACUCAGGAUCUUGCUGCUGUAUCUAUGGGGUCAUUAUCAAAGCAAAUGGUAGAAUUUGUAGAAUCAUCUGAAGUUUCAAAUUUUAUUAAAGAGCAGUUUAAGAAAAAGAAGAAAAUCGGUGUUUGGGAAAAAUCUGACGGAAGUUUAACAAUGUAUGCAAUGUCUGACAAGGAUGCCCAUGAAUGUAUAAAAAUAUGCAAAAACUGUGUGGUAGAGUCCUUUGUUAGUAUUGAAGAUGCUCAAAGUUCUUUCAUGAAAACUGACAAGUGGCGGGAAGCAGUUGAUAAAAUUAAAGGUAAAUGUCAAAAUCAAAUAGUUGAAAUUUUUCAUGACCCAAGUGGAAAAAUAGUCAUUUUGUGUACCCUUGAAAGCAAAAUUGGCAUGAUAAGAGAGGAUAUUGAGGAUUUUCUAAGGGAUAAUACAGUAGAGAAUGUAUCGUUGGAGUUGUCACCAGGAGAAAUGAAAGUGAUCAAUUUACAUUUUAAAUCCAAGUUUGAAGGCAUUGAAAAAGAAUUUCAGAAAGAUAAAGUUCAAAUCAGUCUCGCAGCAAAAUCAGUUAUCAUUACUGGGAAUUCUAAAGGAAUUAAAGCAGCAAAAAUAAAAGUUGAAAAUAUCAUUAAAGAAAUUUCAACUCAAGAACAUACAGUAUCUAAACCUGGUGUCUUCAAAUUUAUGAAAACUGAUCAAGGUAGACGAACAGUCACUACAACUGAAAAGGAAGUGGGAGUCAUCAUCCAACCCUUAAUUGAUGGCGAAAAUGACAUGACCAAAGAUGAAGAUACUGUAAUGUUUAAACAGCCAUUUAUUAACCCUUCUGGUAUAACACAGAUAGCACAGAGUAAUGUGGCAGGCAGGUUGGUUGUUGCUGUUCUAGGGGACAUAACUCAGUUAGAAGUAGAUGUUAUAGUUAAUGCUGCCAAUGAAGAUCUAGAUCACAGGGGAGGACUAGCUAAAGUUAUUGUCAAUAAAGGUGGAAAGGACAUACAGACAGAAUGUACAAAGCAUGUAAAACAGAAGGGAAAGUUAUCUGAAGGUGAAGUCUUUUGUAGUAAAGCUGGAAAAUUGAAAUGUAAAAUGAUAGCUCAUGCUUUUGGACCUGUCUGGAAAAAUGGCAGAAGUAAUGAAGAGGACCGUCUGCGAGAUUGUGUUAUUACAAGCAUGGAUGAAUCACACGACCGUUCAAUGUCAUCCAUCGCCAUUCCAGCCAUAUCUACAGGUAUCUUUGGUUACCCUACAGAUAAAGCCACUAAGGUUAUUGUAGAAGCUGUGCAGGACUAUUUUAAACAGAAUUCAAACAGUAAAAUAAAGAAAGUUUAUCUGUGUGAUGUCAAAGAUUGUACAGUUAAGCUUUUUGUUGAUGGGAUGAAGAAAUAUCUUGGAACUGCCAAGCUCCUUGCUGACCCAGAGGAAACAGUUAGCCCUUGGAAGAACCAUGUGCAACCUUCAGAACCAGGUCGUCAUGGUAACAAAGGUAGAGAAGGAACUGUUCAGUUUGGGAGCAUUUCAGUGAGAGUUGUGAAAGGACAGUUGGCUCAACAAAAGGUUGAUGUCAUAGUAAACUCCACUUCAAGCAAUCUGAAUUUAGAAAAUGGUAUGUUGUCACAAUCUGUGCUGAGGGCUGGAGGUCAGAGGUUACAGAAUGAAUGUACACAGAAUUAUCCCAAUGGUAUUAAAGAAGGAGAAGUUGCUAUAACAACAGGUGGAAAGCUAUCAUGUAAAAACGUGCUCCAUGGAUGUCUACCAAGCUGGCAUCAUGACCAGUCAUCCAUUAAGAUUCUGGAAACUUUCAUAACAGAGUGUCUAAAUGUUUCAACCAAGAAACAACACAAAUCUAUAGCCUUUCCAUCUCUUGGUACUGGCAAACUUGGUUAUCCUGUUGAUCAAGUAGCCAAACACAUGUUUUCAUGUAUAGAAAGUUUCACAGAAAGUGCACCAAAGUCUACAAUCACUGAAGUCUUGCUUGUUGUAUAUGAUCAAGACUAUAAAAGUAUAAAGGGAUUUGAUGAUGAAUUUAAUAGAAGGGUGGUCUAUACUGGGAGGUCUAAAGAGCGGUUUAGCAAAGAGAGACAGCCUCCACAAGAAGAGAGAUACAGACCUAGAACUGCAAGACCAACUACGUCACAUGGAAGACCGCAUAUAAUUAACUUUGGAAAAAUUGAGCUGAAAAUCUACCAAGGGGACAUAACUGUAGUUGGAGUUGAUGUUCUUGUAUACAGUAGUAAUACAGAAUGUGACUUGUCUAGAGGUGCAGUUGCCAGGGCUAUACUGAAGAAAGGAGGAAGCGAUGUCACUACAGAGUUGAAUAAACAAAAAGACAAAAUGAAGAAAGAUCUGCUUGUAGUGACAUCUGGAGGAAACUUACCAUGUGAUAAAAUUAUUCACUUAGAUAUGCUAAAUACCUCAAAAGAUCUAAAGUGGAAAAUAUUCCAGGUUCUCAAGAAAACUGAUGAUCUACAAAAACAUAAAGUAGCAAUUCCAGCUCUGGGGACAGCCAAUGCCAAUGUAUCUGUUUAUCAGGUAGCUACAGACAUGUUAGGUGUAAUAAGUCAAUACCGUCCACAACAUGUACAAGAAGUACAUGUAGUGAUAUAUGAAAAUAGUAUGCUGAAAUCAUUUAUUGAUGCCACAGGAAAAUGUAGAGAUCAGAUUAAAGCAGAGCCUGCUCAGUAUGGAGAUAAAGUUGUGGCAGAUAUGGGAUUAGGUCCUCGGAGUAAGACUAGAAUAGAAAGAGAAUUGAAGGAAACAGAUACAGGGAAGACUCCUGCAUUAUCAGAAGUCAAGUGUGUUAUAUUUGGUAAAGUGAAGUCAGAUACAGACAAGGCAGUUAAAGUUCUGGAGAAAAAUAUUUCUGCUGAGAUCAAGGACAAGGAAAUCAAAGCUGGAAAAGUACUAAAAGAAUUCAGAAAAGAUCAGGAGGAUGAAUUAAAGAAAAUAGAAGCUUUGUGCGGUGUUGAAAUCAAGAUUGAUAAAAAAUCAGAAAAAAUUGUAUUGAAAGGUUUCACAGUUAAUUUAUCAAUAGCUUUGGAAAAGGCUAACAUGAUUGUUAAAGAUGCAGAACAAGAUAGACUAGCAGGUCUUAAAGCUAACUUAGUUUCUGAGAGUGUGCAGUGGUACUACAUAUGCAGCAAGAAAGGAGAUAAGGAUGAGUUAGUGGAAUACCCUUCAAAAACCAAUCUGCAGCUUGAACAGGACUUUGAGAGCCUGAAGCCUUCAUCAAGCAUCAUAGAUAAAGAUGGGAAUAAGUUUAUCAUUGACUUUACUGAUAUGGAGGAGUAUGCACACAAUGAUAAGAAUGAUCGAGUAAAGGUUCUCAGGAAGUCGAAAAUCAGUGGAAAAGACACUACCUUUAAGAUUCCAGAUGAUUGGGAAAUCAUGGAUGAUAAAGAGAACUGCAAAGUUGUUAUCCUGAGUCCAAGUACAUCUGAAUUCCAGACAGUGUCCAAGAAAUUCAUUUCAAGUGUAGGAAGUCAAAGACAAAUUGUUGAGAUUCACAGAAUUCAAAACAAAACUCUUUAUCAACAAUAUGUAGCCAAGAAGAAAUCUAUUGAUAGUACCAAUCCACCUGGUCAUCAGAAUGAAAAUUCACUGUGGCACGGAUUUGCCAAGGAUGCUAUGGACAGUAUCAAUAAGUUUGGCUUUAAUAGAAGCUAUUGUGGUAAAAAUGCUACAGCAUAUGGUGACGGUGUGUAUUUUGCUAGUGCUGCCAACUAUUCUGCAUCAAACACAUAUUCAGUUCCAGACUCUAAUGGAAACAAAAGAAUGUACCUAUGUAAAGUGUUGACUGGAGAAUAUACCUAUGGACAAGGAGGUAUGAGAAUGCCUCCUACAAAGGCUGGAACUCAUAUAUUAUAUGAUUGUGUUGUGGACAACCCUGCAAAUCCAGGCAUGUUUAUUAUUUUCCAUGAUGCUCAGGCCUAUCCAGAAUACAUGAUCAUGUUCAAAUGAGGCAUGUAAAAGUGUUUUUUUACGAUUCAUAUUUUUUGAAUGUUGAAUUUUUUGCCUACAAAAAUCAAAAUAUUGAUUGUUUGCUUUGAAACACCUCAGCAAAGAUUACAGCAUGUUAAAGUCAUUUUACAAAGAUAUCUGUGGAUUUGAUUUGUUAGUGAACCAGAUAUAUGUCAAUAAAUGGAGUCCGUGAAUAUUGAUCUAUAUGUUGUCCUUUAUCUUAAAGAAGUGAAACUAUCAAAAGAUUUUUAUGGUUUAUGGCUGAUAUAACAUAUAUAUUACAAUUUUGUUUUUGUUUUAUUUUUAUUUGGUUUAGCUCUUGCCUUUCAAUACAAUAUAUAACCUUAACAAGUUGCUACAAUGUACUAACUACAUUAGUUUUUUUAUCAUUAUGCUACAAUUUAUGUUGUGUCUGUUGGAUCUGAUUAGAAUUAUUUUCGAAAAUGUAUUUUUUGUAUUUAUUUUGCACUGGAGAUUUCAGAUAUAUACUCCAAAUAUGUGGUCCGAGAUCACCAUUGUCGUCCCUUGAUUUUUGUUGUUCACAAAUAUAGUCCCUAGUGUUGACAGUGUGUUACUUGCCAUUAAUUUUUAUACCCCUUCCAAAUUUAUUUCUCCAUGUUCAAUGCCUCAAAUUGCAAGUAGGGGGAUGAAAUUACACUGUAAAAAAAUUUGGGUCCAGAAUUUUAAAGGAAAGUAGUGAUUUGGUCCAGCUGAAAAAGGUUGAAAAUGAGCACUUCGGAAGCUGUCAAAAGAUUUCAAGACGCCCUAAACAUAAAAUUGUCCAUAUUUUGAGUUAGAGGCGAUGAAGUUUUCUAUAAAUUUGAUAUAAUUUGUCCCAAAAGUAGUACAACACACUGUAAAAGUUUCUUUGAAAAAGCGCAGGUGGGAUUUUUUUUAUUUUCAUUUAUGUUCUAAAAGAAAUGCACUACGAAUUAAUUGUGUUCUCAGACCUAAGAGUUUGUCUAUUGAAUAUGGCAUUUAAAAUGAUAUGUAUGUUUAUUUAGUUGUUUUGUUUAAAAGAUGUACUUGAUUUUUCAUAAUGUACUUUUAAUUUCUUUAUUUGUAGAGUUAUUUAGACAGUCAGUUUUUUAUGCUUUGUAUUUAUUGUUCUACAUUCAGUAAAUCAAAACAUAUUGCAAAAUUAAUUUUCAUUUAUUUCAACUGUAUAAUGUACAUAAAAUACUUACACAAACUUAUGCCAGAUAUAAAGUGGAUAGGGGCGAUCUUGCUACAAACAACUCUCUUUUUGGGAGAUUUUGCAUGAUAUUUUAUAAAAUGGUUCAUUAUAACUUAAUAUUAUGGUUUAUGGUGAUCAAUGAAUAAGAAGUGUAUCCUUCAAGAGACCUGUUAUAAGGGGAAUUUCCACUUCAAAUAGGUGACACUUUUUCUCUUAAUUGAGAACUGUUAACAGAUAUGGUAACACAUAGAUCUGAAACUCAAUAAGACACUUUCUUCUUAGAGGGGUAGAUUCAGUAAAUAAAUAUACGUCAUCAGGGACCGCCCUUUAGGGGAGAGCUUUCUGUAUAACACUGAAGUCAUUAUGCUCUUCUGAUUGGUAGAUAAUGUUUGUAAUAAAUAUUUUUUGGAAGAUGGAUCAAAACUAGAGUUGAAAAAAAAUAAAAAGUAAAUGCUUAAGGUACAAUUUUUUUUUACUACAGUGUUGAAAAGUAAUUGGGGUCAGUAUAGGAUUUCAGUGCGAAUCUACAUUGUUUGUAAACAAGGCCAUGUGAAUGCCCAAAAAUGCCGCAUGACCCUAUGUUUUUAUUGUUGCAAAAGAUAGGGCUACAUUUGUACUUUCAUGAAUGUUAUAUGAAAGAUUCCAAUUUCUAAAGGUAAAUCAGGUAUAAAUUAAAUUCCAUACAUAGAUUAGCAUUAAAGUCAAUGGGAGAUUUUUUACUGAAUUUACCCCUAGACAGAUUUCACAUUUCAAAGUUUGCUUUUGGUUGUAUGUACUGGAUCUUCAAAUGAUGGCAUGCAGUCAUUUAUGAUAUUUAUAUUUUCUUUGUAUUUAUUGUGGGUGUUGUUUUUCUUCAUCUACAACAAGUUAUUUUUACAAAGAUCUGUGAUAUAUUUUUUUAUUCCUUUUAAAGAUCAAACAGCCACCUCAGCUCUGCAUCGGAUUUUUUAUUAAAUUUUUUGUGUCGAUGUUUUUCACAAUUUGAGCAAAAAAGUAUACAAUCUAAUCAAACUGUGAUUUAUAAUAGGGGUUAAUGACUUCAUUGUGUCUCUGUAUCAACCUCAAUAUUGUUUUUCCAAAAAAAUAAGAGUUACUUACUUUUUUUUUACUUAAUAUGUAAAAAAAAUCUAUAGAAAUUAAACAAGAACCAUAAUUCUUUUUUGAAAUUGAAUCAAAGAUCUUUUACAUUUUUAAAUGAUUUAAUUUUGUUAUAAGCCCAUAGACAUAAUUUAGUCAUGUGACCAUGACAACAUCAACGCUUUUUCAUGGUAUUCUAUGGUUUAAAAUGGAAUUUAGUAUUAAAUUAUAAGAAAUGACUAAUUAUUUUUCUGUCUAUUUGAAAUAACAUAAAAAAUGUGGUGCACACUGUUAAAUAGCCUGCUACACGCUAUUCAGUGUGCACCAAAUUUUUUAUGUUAUUUCUUCAUAGACAGAAAGAAUAUUACAGUCAUUCCUUAAGUGUUUUCAUUAAUCUUUUAAAAUUAUGGUUUAUUUCAUUCCCACCAAAGGUGAAAACAUUCCAAGUACAAUCAAAAUUUUCUGAAAAGAUGAUAUAUGUUUUAUAUCAUUUGUUUACCCCUGUGACGUCCAUAAUUGUCUGUCAGUCAGUCCCUUCAUCCAUCCAUCCGGUGUAAUUAGUGCUCUCACAUGCACAAUUCUUGAGAUAUUUUUUUGAACUCUAUAUGAGGGCUUGGAUGGGAUUAAAUGAUUAAAGAAUAAUGCCCUUAACCCUGGUCGUGCAGGGGCUGUAAUAUUACUGCCGUACCCAGAUCACAGUUAUUUUGCAUCAAUGGGGCUCCAUACAUUUAGAGGUCAUUGUGAUGCCAUUUAAUAAGCUCAAAAACAAACUUCAAAAUUUGAGAUCGGACCAAAUUGUUUUUUUUUAGAGGGGUGGGCUCACCUUUAAGGUCUGAAACACAGAGUUAAAAAGACUGAAACCUUGUCAAAUACUGUUGACCUAAAGGCAAAUAACCACUGAUUGUGUUUAUUAUUAGAAUACGCUGAGGAAACGACUACUUCAGGUCGCAAGUCCAGUUAAAGUUCAAAAUCGGAAAAAAUCGAAAAUUAGGAGAAUUUUGGUGCAAAUGACAUUCUUUACACUGAUGAACCCAGAUCAGUUUCACUCGGACCUAACAACUGUUGUGAUAAAAGUGUUCACUAGUGUCAACCCUACAUGAAAACUACAGAUGGAUGCAUCUUUUAGCCUCUGUCGUAUUUACAGGUCGAGAAAAAGAAUGAAAAAACGUCAUAAAUGACGCUUUUUGCACCUGAGGACCAACUUUGGAGCAAAUGUUUACAGAAUAACAGACCCCCCUCCAGACCCUCCUAUAUUCCAGAUUUAUAUCAGUAUAAUAUCUCAGAGGAGUUGGAAAAUUAGUAAGGAUUAAUCAUUUUGAAAAAAAGUUAUGCCUCUUUGAAACAUUAAUUUUAUGGAAAAUUUCAUUAUAAUUAGUGCUCUCAAUUGUACAAUUCUUGCCAGACUUUAUGAAACUUUACUCAUAUCAUAGGUUUAUAUCGACAAUAUAUCAGAUGAGUUUGAAAUCAUUGCCAAUCUAUCAAUUUCAAAAGAGUUAAGCCCCUUGGAAACAUUAUAUGGAAAAUAGUAUCAUUGGUGCUCUCAUGUGUACAAUUCUUGUCAGAUAGUUUUGAAAUUUAUACUAUUAGAUGAUAUUAGCAAUGUCUUGGACGCGUUUGAACCAUCAGAGCAUUUCAAAAAUUUUUGAAGGAGUUAUGCCCUUGGAAAUGUUGAUUGUAUGUAAAAUUGCAGUAUUAACGCUCUCAUUUGUACAAUUCUUGCCUAAUUUUUAUGAAUAUUACUUAUAUCAUAGAUUUGUAUAAACAAUGUCUCAGACCAGUUGUUAAGGCUCUCCUGUGUUACACAUAUAUUUUUUAUAUCCCUUGCCUUUGUAGCUUGGACAGAUAAAAUAAGUACCAUUGAAACUGUGUUAUUCUUUCAUCAGAACAAUUUAUCUGAGCUCAAAAUUCCUAUAUUUUUAAAACAAUUAUUCAGGAAUGAUAAUUGUAUUUGGCCAUAAACUGUAAAUUUAAGUUUAUUGUGUGUUUGAGUAAAAAUAAUAUCAUCCAUUUCGCGCAAAUCAUCUCUGUUUUCUUGCCUAAAGUGUUGAGGAAAAUCAUAUUAGAAACUAAUUUAAAGUGCACAACUCGACAAGAUAAUCUGAUGCUUGUUUGCUUUUUUGGUGAGCUAAACAAAAAACAAACAAAUUUUAAAAGUCUUAACAAUUUAAGUGGUGCUGCUUCCAAAAGCCCUUAAAUAAUAUGCUGUUUGGUCUUUAAGGGAUUUUUGUUAUGACUAUAUUAUUUAUAUUUUUGAAUAUUUAUACUUUAUUCUUUAUAUUGAUUUUAAAGUUUUACAUAUCAUAAAUGUUUGUCUUAAAUUAUCCUUUGUUCAUUUUCUUUUAUUCAGAAUUGGUUUGAUAUACCAAAAGUUGUUUAAACUUUCACUUUUUUUAUUUUGGUAGGUAAGUUGCCAAAUUUUAAAUCAGUUUUCAUAUAAAAUAUCAUAACUAACAGGCCCUGCUUUUAUUUAGAGAAAUCUGCUGACUAUAUAUGAAAUCAUUAUGG